UGGACCCGAAAUUGUGCGACAGGUGAUUUAAGUGUACUUAUAUUACUACUAAGGUAUAUUGCAUUGCAUCGGUAUCGGUUACCAAUACCGAAACUUUGGGUACCGAGUAUUGGGCAACUCUGCACAUCACUAUUUUUUAAAAAAUGACACUUUCAUUGAGGGCAAUUGCAGCACAUAUCACAAUUUCCUGAAUGGCCCGAGUGAUUAUGAUGCGCUUUCCUUGGAGAUAUUCCACCCAAAACCCUCAUUCAUCCAAGUACGGCACAUUUACAACUCGUAAUCGAGUUCGCCUGAAGGAUGAAUGAGGAAUUUUAGUAUGAUGAAUGGAAGUGCGUGGCUCUUGGGAACUUCGGGUAUGCAGGCGAUACUCGCAGCACAAAUUCCUCUCGGAAAAAGCCAACCAUUAAGUAUCGUGAAAUAUGAAUUAAUAUAAUAUGAAUCUUUUAUGUAAACCCUAUUAUCUUACUAAUAUCUUUUCGUUUCCAUUUCAGAUGAUGCUGGAUUUAGCUAAAAGUGGUUGCAAAAUCGCGCACGACAAAUCACAUGCAUUUGGCCAAAACUUCUGUAUCGAUUGUGCGAAUUUGAAGUCUUGCAGGAUCUGUAUCGCACAGAUAAACCUUGUGUUCCAAAUUUUAUAGAAGAUCAGUCCUUUGACGAAAUACGAUGGAUAUGUUAUGAAGCUAAAAAAAAAACUGUUUCGAUCAGUUCGUUAAACAAUUCGCCAAAGAAGCCAUUGAAGCUAAUAAUAAAAUGAAAACAAUGGCGCAGAUAUCACCCCAUGUAGUAGAUAUUAUAUGCCGAUUGUAUGAUGCAACUUCAGAAGCCGCCACAAAUGUGGGUUUGACUAAAAGUAAUAAAACUAAUCCAUUUGGCCUUGAAAUUAGCGUUGCCAGUGACACAGCAUUGAUAUUUAAAAAAACCUGGCGCUACAUCCAGCAGUAAUAAAAAUUUUGGUGAUGCUUUUAACGAUCAUGGUCAUACUACCAAUGCCGGAUGCGUAUUUGGCGGAAUGGCACCUUCGACUCCUGGAGGAAUCCUUGGUGGAGCUUCCAAAUGCUAGUUCCAUAUUCGGAGGAGGCGGCCCACAAAAUCUAUUUGGUCAAACGCUGACAAGUACUGAUGUUACUGUUGGACGUUUUGGGCGCGCGCAGCAAGGGACCGGAGGUUUGUGUUCUUCCCAAGCUCAACAGAACGCAGGUGGUAGUUUAUUUAACCUAAGUAUUCAGAAGCAGCAAAUAACAAAUGGGGGAAACGUUUUUACCCAAUCCACGCGAUCUCAACAAAUGCAAACUCCGCCGAAUUUUGGCAUGUACCAGAGCAACAAACAGGAGGCGCAAUCAGUUUUUGUACAGCAAAAUGUUUUUUCACAACAAACCCCUGGUUGCAUAUUUGGUCAAGUGGCACAAACUACGUCUUCUGCCAACUUAAUUUGUCUGGUAAUUUUCCCCGGAAUAUGGUGAG